AAAAAUCAAGGGAGAAAAAGAAGGAAAUCCGUGAAAGAAUGACAAGCAUAUUUAGCAUAGAUUGCCUUUCCUCCAAGCAAUUGGUCAGUCGACCAAUCGCGAUCCAUCUAGGGUUAUGUUUACAAGGGAGUCACUUAUAACGGUAUUAAUAUUUUAAAUUCGACCGAGCAAAAAGUUCCACACCAGACUGCAUGUGCUUAAGAUUUCAGGAUACAAUUCUUAAAGGAGAACGGACGUACGGAAGGGACGACUGAAUUAGACCCAGUGUACCGUCGCCGAGAAAGGUCAUCCGACGAAACCGCACUGUUUACAUUGUCACCAGACGGAUAAUAAGUGAUUACGGAAGAACAGUACAACAUGAAUGGGGCCAACGACGAGAGUAGAAAACGUAACCAGUUUGGUGACUAUGAGGACAUAUCCAAUAUGAAGCCAGAAGACUGGAGCUACAGAUGGGGAAAAUCUCAUACACAAUUCCACAUGCCGAAGAUUCAUCCGAUGCUUUCUAAACAUUACGAUACGCUCACAGGACAAAGGAAGAAUCUCAGAAUUUUCUUACCACUAUGUGGAAAGGCGGUGGACAUGAAAAUGCUUUCGGAUGAAGGACACGAUGUAGUUGGGUUAGAGUGUGCAGAAAAGGGCUGCAUGGAAUUUUUCCAGGAACAAAAUAUACCAUACACCACCACGGACCUUACAGAAUGUAGCGGUAAAGUCUUCAAGGCUACAGAUAACAGAAAAUUAACCAUUUAUUGUUGUGAUUUCUUCAAGAUUUCCAGUAAAAUACUGGGUCAAUUUGAUUGUGUGUGGGAUAGAGGGAGCUUUGUGGCAAUUCCAGUGACUUUGAGAAAACAAUAUAGUAACGUGAUUACACCCAUGAUGCACAGCGAUACCAUCUACUUAAUGGACACAUUCCUGCUAGACCACAUAGUCUUUGCUGGUCCCCCUUUUAAUUGUACCGAGGAUCAUCUGAAUAAGACCUUUGGUGCCCAAAUGGACAUCAAGAAAAUAGACGAGAGAGAUGCAUUUGGGGAAUGGCAGAGAUCUUGGGGUUUAACAUCAUUUAUUGAGCAACUGUACUUGUUAAAGAAGAAGUGAAUCGUUUUUCUGUUAAAUGGAUUGUGUACACUUAACAAGAAACAGAACAGCAUUUCCGCGAUUGUUGGCCAAUAAUACGCAAUAUGAACUAGCUGUGAGAAGUUGUGUUUGACAUUCUAUCAUAUUCUACAUUCUGUCAUUGCACACUACUACCUUGAACAUUCUAUAUUUGUCAUUUCAUUUUCGCUUCUAAUGUGACGAAUUGUAGUUAUUUUUGCUCUUGAUUCCAUUAUAUAUUUUUAUUUGA